GUUCUCUCGACCGUAAGAGCUGUAUAAACAUCGGCUCAUCUAUCUGUGCCUUGGCCCUUGGGUAUUGCCCUGUCUCGUGCAUCGGUAAGGCCGAGGAACUUGCCUUCUCAUCAUCAGAAGGAAUAAAUAUCUCCAUUGCUCUUACCCGCGUGGAAGUCUUUCACUAGAUCUUCACUUUUCCUUCACACCAUCCAUCCAUCAUGGCUGCAGAAAUGCCACAGUGGGUCAAGGACCUGAAGCCGUCCGAGCCGCAGGGAACCGAUCUCCUCGCUCAAGAGCGCAACAAGUCCAAGGUCAACAGUGCACAGCUCUCUGUAUUCCUUCACGGCAAAGAGGCUCUCGAGCGCAAGAACCGGAUAUUGAAGGUUCUGCAGGCAGAGCCAGUAUUCAUCAAGGACAACGACUACUUCGAUGGACGCGUGGACAAGUGGGAGAAGGGCCUGGCGAGGUCAAAGAGGUUGACAACAAUCGCAUUCCAGAACAACUGGAAUGAUUUGGACAGACGGGUCGCAAACGACUUGAUUAGUGAGCCAUUGCCGUAUGGACUGCACGAGGGCAUGUACUUGGUGACGCUCCGCGGGCAAGGCACUCCAGAGCAGCAAGAGAAGUACUUGAAGCCUGCAGAGGCAUACAGACACAUUGGAUGUUAUGCGCAGACUGAGCUUGGCCACGGCUCGAACGUGCGUGGGUUGGAGACGACCGCAACAUGGAACGCCGAUGACAAGACCUUCACCAUCCACUCGCCUCAUUUGACUGCAUCGAAGUGGUGGAUCGGCUCUCUCGGACGAACUGCAAACCAUGCCUGCGUGAUGGCACAGCUCAUCAUCAAUGGCAAGCCAUACGGACCUCACCCAUUCAUUGUCCCAAUCAGAGAUCUGAAGACACACCAGCUCCUGCCAAACAUCUACGCUGGAGACAUUGGGCCAAAGGUCGGCUACAACACAAUGGACAAUGGUUUUCUGCUCUUCAACAAGGUCAAGGUGCCUCACGAUGCCAUGUUGGCGCGCUUCUCUGCUGUCGAUCCUAAGACAAGCAAAUACAUCCGCCCAGCCUCACCAGCACUCGUGUACGGCACCCUCACAUGGGUCCGCAGCACCAUUGUCCUCCAAUCUGGCAGCACCCUCGCCCGUGGUGUCACCAUCGCCACUCGAUACCUCGCUGUCCGUCGCCAAUUUCAAGAUCGCGACGCACCGCAAUGGGAGAAGGGCGAGAACCAAACCCUCAACUACACCAUGGUGCAGGCCCGUCUCCUCCCUCUUUUGGCCGCCACCUACGCUCUUCACUUCACAGGCAAGGGCAUGAUGAACCUCUACGAAGCCAACCAAAAGAACAUGCAGAAGAAGGUCACCGACCAAAACAGCAAGCGCUCCGCCGGCCCCGAAGAAACCACCCCAGGCUCCGAUCUCCUCGCCGACCUCCACGGCACCUCCUGCGGUCUCAAAUCCCUCUGCUCCAGCACCGCAGCCGAAGGCCUCGAAGUCUGCCGCCGCGCCAUGGGCGGCCACGGCUACUCCGCCUUCGCCGGCGUGGGAAGCUGGUACGCCGACUACCUCCCAACCGUAACCUGGGAAGGCGACAACUACAUGUUAACCCAACAAGUCGCCCGCUACCUCCUCAAAUCCGCCCGCAGCGUCCUCAAAGGCAACGAACCCAACAACGACACCACCGAAAUCCUCUCCUUCUACCUCAAACGCCAAGACACCGGCGCCGCUUUCGAUAUUCUCGGCAAAGACGACGACAUCGUCGCAGCCUUCGCUUGGAGAUCCGCAUACUUCACCUUCGAAGCCCUUCGCGCCCGAGACGAAGAGAAGAAAUCUUGGAAUUCUCUUUUGGUCGCAUUCUAUAACCUCUCCCGCGCCCAUUCGCAAUACCUCGUCGUGAAGAAUUUCUACGAAACUCUCCACCACGCUUCAUCAUCUUCUUCUUCGGAAACAACCCUCGACCCAGAGACUUUGACUCUCUUGCACAAGCUCUUCCGCCUCUACGCACUCCACACUCUAGUGUCUGAGAGUUCCGAAUUCUUCACUUCGGCUGCGUGCACAGUCGCUCAGAUCCGUCUUGCACGAACAAAGACUGUUAUGCAAUUGUUGGAGGAGAUUCGACCUCAUGCUGUGCGAUUGGUCGAUGCGUGGGAUUUCCCGGAUUGGCAGCUCAACAGCUCGCUGGGAAGAUAUGAUGGAAAGGUUUAUGAGGAUAUGUUCCAUCGCGCUGCGCAGUUGAAUCCAUUGAACUCGAAGGUUGUGGAUCCUUACCCGGAUAGUCCGGUGUUGUAUCGCAAUGAUGACAAGACGCGGUAUGCGAAUAUUUUGAAGGGCGGCAUGGCGAAGUUGUAGAGCAUGUUGGGAGGAAUGAGUGUUCAUGAAAGGAUGUAUUAUUGAAUCAUAG